CCUAUAUACACAUUAUGCACUCUACCACCGUGCGUCUAUUUAAAGCAAUAUCUUUUGUCUUUUUGCAUCGAGGGUUUCGGGUAAGUUUCACAGCUGCGUGCUAUGAAUGAUCAUUUUCGGAGACGAUAAUGAUUAUGAUUCUUUUCUUAUGAAUAUCUCCUUUCUAUAGGGAAAAUUAAGAUAUAUGAAUAUGUUUUAUUCUUUACAUAUUGAAUGUAUGAUAGUUUUUAUCCGAAUUUAUUUGUAAGAAAUUGUUGAUAUCUGCGCGACGAAAUGAUCAUAUCGAUGUUUGAUUUUAAAGAAAUUUGGUCGUUGCAUAUAUUAUUUAUAUGAAAGCUAUGAUAUACAUUUAAUCGUUUAUUGUGUUUAAAUAAUAUUAGAAGGUAAUGAGGUUAAUAGGGUUUAAUUACAUAAAAAUUCAAAAUUAUCAAUACAUUCAGCUUAGCGCCUUUUUUCGAUCGCUGUGAAGUAUGUUGCAAUACAAACGGAAGCGACCACAUAUUGCAUCACUUCAGACUGUAGUCGAGUCUACACUUACAUACUUAGCCUAUAAUCUGUUAUAACCUAAUUUCAUCUGUCAAAAUUUUUAUCUUGAGUUACUGUCACAUCAUACAAGUUUGUUGUGUAAAUUGGUUAUAUUUUUGGAACUCUGAAAUUUUUACAAAAUGACAACCAUCGAAUUGCUCGAGGAUAGAAUUAUGGAAUUAGAAAAACAGAUAUAUGGACUUGCAAAGAAAAAUGAAACUAAUGAUAUUACAUUGGAGAAUCCUGUAAUCGAUAAUAUUAUACAUGUGAAUAUGCUGAUCUCAUCUGCAAUGUCGGGACGAGAAAAAGCAAAUCUAAUGAUAAAACGAUUACCAGAAUUAAAUAAUUAUCUAGAUCCGAUAAUUGAAAGUUCUGAAAUACCAAUAGAGGCUAAAGUUCAAUUGUUACUAGCAAUGGCACCAGAAAUCAAGCAGAAUUAUGAAAUGUUGAAACAGGUGCAAGAACUAGUGCCCGUGUUAGAAACUGAUCGUUUAAAAAAUGUUCCAGAAUUGACAAAUAAACUCAAUGAUUUGAAUUUGUCAUAUCUUAAAUUAUAUGAAGAUACUCAAGGAUUAAAUAACCAUAUAAAUGAAGUUUUUUCCAAGUACAAUGAAGUGAUAACUAGUAUUUCAAAAUCAUUAAUUACUAUAGAUGCUAUCGUGACAGCAGCUGAAAUAGCAAAAAUACCCAAAAAACAAUUAGAUUAAGAAAGGAUUGCAUAAAUAAUUCGUAAGAAAAGUUGUUAUUUAUUAUUUCACGAAUAAAAUUAUUUAUAUUUAAAAUAAAA